CCUAUCUGACAUCCCUGAAUCCAAACCAAGACGGCAAUCAAGCGAAUCAUGUGUAUGUGUUGAAAUCAGUAAAUCGAAAUCGUCGAGUAGUGGAUCUGAGAGGAACCAUGAGGCGAUCGCUGGCCAAACUCUUGCUUUGGAAAUACAUGUAGACAUUUCCGCUGAACAGAACACUUGACUAUUUAUUGUACGACCCGCAGAAGCCUUCUUCCAGAUUGAACAAAAAUCAUUAAAACCUAAUCUACUCGUACUGUUCAGUACCGAACAACAAAGAAAAUACUUAAUCUGCUGAAGUAUAUCAACUAUAGUUGCUUCAAAUGGUGGCAAUGCUAGAAACCUAACGAUCUAAUUUACCGCAACAUAUCUCCUAGCUAACUCACAAGAUCGCUCACUUCCUUGUAGUUCAGCUGGCUCGUAAUUGUCGCUGAGUAUUUGAAAGUAGUAGGUAUCAGUUGGGAGAACUAUAAUACUCCCUUCGGAAGAAAAUCCAUAACAGACCGAGUUACGUAUGGAGAUAGGAGGACAGCAAUACAGAAUGACAGUUCAUAGGAUUAGACUGCAGUUGAAUUAGAGAUGUUACAGUGUCGCAUCAGCCCCGGAGAGGACCACCAGGACAAACUCGAGCGGUGCCAAGUUGUUGACGAGCUUCAAAGACCGUACGGGGAGUCUAGUUAGGUCACCGUCUAGGGAUUUUGAUGAAAGAACGUGUGAUCAUAGGACGGAGAUGUGCUAGUCUUGACCAAAAUGGCGACAUAGGUGCCUGUUGAGCAACAACGUGUGUUACGAUGUUAUCCGUACGCUUCCAUUAAAAGUGCCUCAUAAUCGUGCUCUUCGAAAUUCUUGCGAUAUAAAAGUCCCCAGAGACACGUUGGAGCUCUUGAGUGGUACCCUGUAAUGCAAAGAACCCGUACUGAGAGAAUCUGGAGGCGGCGACUUAAAAAGGAGGAAUCGAAUCUGCGUCCACGUACCAUCAAUUAACAUGGAACCUCGAAUGGUGUAUGAAAAUUGCUACAGCGCGCCGCUCGUGCAGAAGUGGUUGGUAGAAGGUGUGAUAUAAGAUAAGAUCACGAAAUGGCCCUUGAUAGCAUUCCCUGAGAGAAUAUUCGAAACACAAUAUAGAACUAGUGUCGAGUGUAGCGGUUCUUGCAAUAUCUAGCCUCGUAUAUCUAGAUCGGAUCCUGGCCUGGUAGCCCUGGAGACUCUGUAUGAAGUCAUAAUGAUUGAAGUUCUCGAUCUGCCGCAAUGAAAGGCAGCGGUAUCUUUGGUGCUCCAACGAUUUCCAAGGAUCUAUCCUUCAUGCUGAUAUAGCGAGUAGCCGAGUAGCUGCAAUCAUGACUGUGGCAUUAAUACAUUGUAGAUUAUCCUUAUGGGUUCAAUCUCCUUUAUCAUAUCGUUUCCAUAAUCUUGCACAAUACAUUGCGAAUCGACCCAUAUAUAACGUAGCGCAAGAGCUCGGGUUACCCAAAUGGCGUCCUGGAUUGUUAUCAGAAGGCGGAAUCCAUCUCGUUGCGAUGGAUCUUGAAACAAAGCUGUUUUAGUUGUGAAAAGGCUGGAGGCUGCCCGCAAUAACCCAGAGCUGCAUACUGGCCGCGGCUCCUUGAAAUCCCGAGGUGCAAAAAAAGUCUUCCGGGAUCGUCGUCUCAGCCAACGACAAUGAAUUGAUGAGGGAGGGAAUCCAGCGUAGAUCUACGAGGGAGACCAGAGCCACGACUUUCUAGGCAUCCAGCCAACUCCUUAUUGAUAGUCUCAAGUAGAGAUCUACUUAUGAGCUUGCACAUGGGUGCUGUCUAGCACACACAAAAGCGGUAAUAACUGUUAUUAGGAGAAAGGAAGCUAUUCGUCGAAUAGUUAAGUGACUCUUACACAUUACCAAUGACAGCCGUAGUCCUCGUCCUCUGCUGUAAGUAAUCGUACCUGAUAGCCCUCGAUACUUGGCUCUGGGAAUAAAAUGGUUUAUUCGACUUCUACAUGUCCAGCUAACAAUGACAUCGAUGAGAAUGGAUAUAUGACGAACUGAAGUCUCUACGGCAUCCAGAUCACGUUGUUAAUAUAAGACUUUUGACCUUGGCGAUGCUCGAUAAUAACAGAAAUCCUUGCGCGACUGUUGUCGGCCACGGACGGCUUUGCAGAUGGGAAAGCCACAGGCCAGAUAAAGGCUCUUGAAUCCAGACUCUGGGGGCUGGGUUCAGGCUGGUGACGCCCUCUGGUGAGCUCUGCUAACGCUGCAUGCCUGAUAAGCCACUUGGGUAACGGGGCUCCUUCCAGGAAAGCAGGUCACCGGCUGAGUGUUUUCCACUCGACAGAACAGAGUCACCUCGAAACCAAGACCAAGACCAAGGGCACGUACUGUAGAUGUGAAGGAGGAGAUGGGCGCUUGCUUCAUUAUUGCAGCAUUAUUGGGUUGGUCCCUUUUCUGUGGUCUGCCAACCUGGCUAAAGCUUGCGGCCCACGCCGGGAUGGUCAAAGCGAAAGCCAAAAUCGCGUUGUGUCGCGUGUUUGCCGCGCGCGACAGCCAGAACCUCCAAUUGUUCUUCCCAACACCAUGGCAACUUCACCAACACAGCGCAGCACAACAUCCACUCACCAACGCACCGUAUUUUGGAGACAACCCAGCUUCUCCCAUAAUCCCAUAACCACAGGACUCCGCAAAUACGAACCUUAUAGACAGAAUGGCAAGAUUUCUGCAGUAACCCGUGUCUACAACCGUCAACGCGUCCACCAGAGGCCGAAACGCCCACCAGAACCACAAACAAUAGAGAGGCUACAACACAACAGGACUGCAAAGUGCAUACACAGGCUUGAGCAAAUUCUAGAGGCCUAGCAUGCUUGCAGACGCGUCCGGUGUGCAAUAGCUAUGUAUCUGCCACGCUCCCUCAUCUCGAAACUUUACCUCCAUCUUCAAAAGACACAUCAUCCUCUCUCCCCACCAGUUCUCAUCCUUGUUGCGCUUGAGCCAGAUGCGCUUUGCGGUUGCCGAAUCCUCACCCAGCUUCUGAAACGGGACUACAUACCACAUAAGAUACAGCCAAUCGCAGGCUAUGGUGACUUGGAGAAGGCUGGCAAGAAUGUCAUUCAACCAAUGAUGGAAAGCAAUGGUGGCAGCGGAGGUAUAGUAAUCUGCCUGGGAGUGGGAGGAUUGGUUGAUCUGGGUGGUCUGUUGGGCAUUGAUGGUGAGGAAGCAGAGAGCAGCUACGGUGGUGUGGAGGUCUGGGUCAUUGAUUCACGUCGACCAUGGAAUUUGGGGAACGUUUUCGGGGGACACCCCCCACAGGCACAAAUAGAGGAAGAAGGAGAACCAGUGGACCUACCCCGCCUUGGAAUCGAUGGAGGGAAGAUUCUACGCAACUACAAGCCUGGUAAAGGAGGAAUAGUGGUCUUUGAUGAUGGUGACAUUGAAGAGGAUUUAGCAAGCGAAAGAGAUGCGUAUCUUGCACUGGUUGAAAUGCCAGAGGUUGAAGAUGACGACGAAUACCUUAGCGGAAGCGAUGCAGAAGCCGAGGAUGAUGAAAAUCCACCAGCAGUCUCGCAGCCGGGCCAAAAACGAAAGUCGUGGACGGAUCGAGAUGACGAGGACGAGAGUAGUGAUGAGGAGGAUAGACCACGGCAGCGGAGAAGAAGUAAUUCGUCAAGUCCGAUUGCAGAUCCACCAACCUGGCCUCGCCAGCGUAGCUUACUUUCACUUGAUGGACCUGCAGCUUUGACUUCGAGUGUGGGCUCGCGUUCCGUCUCUCCAAUACCUGGGCAGCCUCUGGUAGCUCUCUCGGCACGAGUUUUACGGCGUCGUUUAAUGAAGAUGCGUCGCAAGCACGAGUUGGUACUUCAGAAAUACUACUCUCUAGGUUCAUCGUACUCUGAGCCGAUUUCCUCCAUGAUGUACUCUUUGGCUUCGGAACUUGGACGAGAAGACAACGAUCUGUUGUGGAUGAGUAUUGUUGGGGUCACUUCGAUGGAGCUGUAUGGGCGUUCAGCCGUGGGUGUUGCAAUUACAACGCAAAAGAUAUUCGCGUCACCAAAUGGCUGGCUCGGCACACGAGGAUCACGAAUACGACAGCUGCUAAGGGACGAAGUUCGACGUCUGAAUCCUCCCGAGAUUUCUGAUACAACUUUCAACUCGAAUCGGAACACACCAGAGAACAGCGGUAUUAUUCCGACAACCGCUCGAAGUCCGACAGAUACCAGUAUUCGAUUAUCCCCGGAACCAAAAUUUCUCUUAAUCCGACACUGGAGUCUUUAUGAUAGCAUGUUACACUCUCCAUACCUCUCAGCGCGGCUGCAUAUCUGGUCAGAAAACGGUAGGAAGCGACUGCACAAGCUUCUCGCUAAGAUGGGCGUUAGCCUCGUUCAAUGUAAACAGAGUUACACCCAUAUGGAUAUGGAACUGAAGAGAGGUCUCCGAGGCAAGCUACUGAAGUACUCAGAAAUGUAUGGGCUUGAUGACUUAGUCCCAUCAGCUGACACUGAUGGAAGAGACCAUGGCGGAAACAAAGAAGGCUGGGGCUUCGUGAGAAGCUGGGGAUGGCGGGCGACAUUAAGCGCCCAAGACGUUGGUGUUGUCGUUGGAGCUUUGCUUGAGGUUGGGAAAAAGGCAGUUGGAAAUCUCGAAAGCGGCAGUAAUGAUCGAGGAAGAGAUGUCAAAGAGACUUCUGACGAGGAUGGGACCGAGCAAGGCGAAGAAUGGGUUGGUAGAUUCUGGGAUGCUUACGAUGCCUUAGAAAAAAUCGAGGAACUCAAAGCAGCUCUUCCGACUGCGCAGCUUCUCCAUCGUGCCAUCCUGCGCACUGGAACAGGAAUCAUUGAGAAAAAACAGAUCAGGCAUCUUAGAGCUUUUCGAAUGUGUGUGGUACGAGAAGGUCCAGAUGUCUUGCUAUUCACACAUCCUGCUGCAUUGACGAAGCUUGCCCUUUGGGUGGGUGAGGCCAUCGCUGAGCAAGAAAAAGAGACAAAAGGCAAGCUGGGUCAUGGUGGACGAGGAACACCGCUUGUUGUCGCUAGCUACAACGAGAAACGGAAUGUGUAUCUCGUAGUUGGUGCCGCUGGAGCUGGAGGUGGUGGAAUGGGAUUUGGCGACAAAAAAGCGGCAAAAGAACGAAAGGAGAAGCGGGAUGCUAAACUUGCAGCUCUAGAACUAAAGAAAAACAACAAGGAGAAGGUGCGCGAACAGAAGAGAGAGGCUCGUCGUUUGGCCCUAGGUGACGAUGAAGACGAGGAAGACGUAACAGAGUCAGAAGGAUCCGACUCUUCAGAUGACGAGUCGGACGAGGAAGAAGGCGAGAAGUCCCAAGUCCGUGGAUUUGGAAGGAACAAAUUCGGUAACGCAUUUCAAGAAGUCGUCGAAGAAACCAGUGCGAGAGUACGCAUUGAUAGUUUUGAGCAUUGUGUGGUGGAAGUGAGGAAAGAGGAUCUCACCGGCUUUUUGGAGAGCCUAAGUACAAAGACAUUGGUCGGGGGUGAGUGAGGGGAGGUAUGUUAUAUGACUCUGGGGGUGCGGUUGGAUGUUGCUAGGCGUUGGCUGCGGGGAGUAACGGCGGGUCUAGAGUAAACCUUUGCUUGUUGAUAUUGAAUAAAAGGAAUACGAUGAUGCACGAAGUCCUUGACUCUUGACUUGUUAUGCAGUGGA